ACUGGAAAUACACAUUAUUAAUCGAAUAACGCGAGGCUCGUUCGCGCACCAGAGGGAAAAGUUGUAUGUGAGGUAAAUAUAUCCCUCUAUCGGCCACAGUAAAACCACGCCUACUGCAGACGUCAAUAGGCAGUGCCGUGCACGUCGGAAACGUGCUAUGUGAAGACUCUGGGCCCUAUUGAUGAUACAAUAUGCAUUUCCGUGAUUCACAUUCAGUGUUACGUAUGCUACUCCAUUCUAUGCCACGACAUACACACUUCACUUAUGCGCUUCUUUUUAAAACCACUAGAAAAACUAAUUAAACUUCGUUAUAAUUCUUGAUCUUGCGAAUAUAAAUUGCGAAUUAAUCGAUUUAUUUCGAUAUUUUUUCACAAUAUAUUAGAAACAUAGCAAUUUUCUUUCCUGAUUUUUGAUUUAUUAAGAAAAUCAUGAAUAUUGUUUUAUAUCGAUAAAUUUUCGAAUAAAAUUUGUAACAUUUGAUCGUAAUCAAGUUAGUUUCGUCGCGAUUCGAAGCUUUCGCGAAGUCAUAAACAGUAAUUGAUCAAAACUGAUCAUUUUUAUGAAUCGAUUGAACAGAAUUUUGCUUGAUUGAUAAGUUUGUAAUUGUUUGGUUACGUUCUCCGCCAGUUGUUUAGUCUCUGAGACAUAUGCUGCUAAAUUAUCGAGAAUUACUAAAAGCGUUGCGAUAAUCACCGAAACGGAAGUUUAGUUCAGAUAAGGAUACGCGUGCGCGAGACACGAUGCUGUAAAUUUGUAUCGGAGAUCUAUAGUAUUUUAAUGAUACAGGUACAGUUUGAAAAGUAUAUUUUGCUUAAUAAAUUUCUUCAAUAUUGUACAACUUAAAACUAUAUAAAGUGAUAAAAAGUUUCAUUCAUUUUAACUAAUUUUUAAUAAAAAUAUGAAUAGAAAGAUAGAAAAAAUAUUAAAGCGUUUAUAAAAAUAAAACGUGGAUUUAUAGGUAUAUGAUUUGUACGCUCCUGAAAACGAUUGUCGGAAACGAUGUUCCAGCUGCGCAUGAGAAGGGCUAAACGCACGCGCUCUUAUGCUCCGUUUACGUUUACAUCUUAUUUUUAUUUAAAAUUUGUUUUUUUUAUUAAAGUUAAUUUGUAUUCAAAUGCACUAUAAAAAUGGAUUAAUAACAAAUGAUCAACGAUAAAUCAUGAAUCGAAUUGCUUAAUUCAACGAAGUGCGUUUAAUUAUACGUAUUCAGGAAUAGUGUCAAGAACAAAAAAGGAAAAAGAUGAGAGAAUGUUUAGUUAAUUAUCACUAAUCAUAUAAUAAUUUCAAGUAAUUAUUAAAAAUUCAAAGUUAGAAAAAAUGAAUUGUACAUGAACUGUAGCAUAGUUUUUGACUUGACGUUGCACUUGCAUCAUUUUAACCUGCCUUUCGACAGUGUCGUUCGCUCCGGUAAAGUAUCACCUCCGUGAGUGGCUAGUUUACGUUCCGUAAGCUGAUCCGCGCUGUCAGUGUGCCUGUCUCUUGUGAGGUUCCUGCGAUUCGUUUGUCGUCUGCCAGACCACGAAAUUAUCGCGUCUAUUUUCAUCGCGAGCAUUCGUCCCUCGAAUCGACCAAUUGUCGAUAACGAACGGGCACGAUAUUUUCAACAAACCGAAAUCUCCACAUUCCACUAUAACUUUUGAAUAUUCCCUAAUUAACAGAGAGAAACGAAGAAAAAGAGAAAAAAAAUCAUAAGAGAAAAUCGAUGAUACCAAUGUCGACCAUGAUUGCGCGUGAUCACAGAAAAGAUUAAAGUCGAGAAAUCGAAAAAAUGCAGACUCGCAAUAAUUAUACAGCAAUGAAUAUGCUGUCAAACGUAGUAAUGUUAUUGGCAAUAGUGGCCUUCGUGAACGCAGAGAGCAUCUUAAUGACUGAAGUAUUCAUUAUUCCAAUCAAACCAGAGACUUUCGACUGGAACGAUGAUGCACGUUCCGAUCAAUUCUCGUAUCAACCCUCGUUAUUAAAUGCGCCUGAUCUUCCAUCAUGGAUUCACUAUACAUAUAGCAAAAGAGAUCAUCAUGGUUUUGUAUAUGGUGUUGCGCCUAAGAAUCAAAAAUAUUUUCAGCUGGAGAUUGUAGGUCUAAACAAAUAUACCUACGAAACUAGAUACAAAGUUCUCGACAUGAACGUUCUCGAGAAAGAAAAUCUAACUAAGUAUGAGGUUCAUUUAAAAAUCGAUAAUCUAAACGUGGAGGACAUGUUCAAUCGGAACAGAACUAAUGAGCUUCUCGAUAUAUUUAGAAAGAGGUUAUGGAAAGAUGCAGUGAAUUUAUACGUAACUUUUUUAGCAUCUGCAGUCGAGCUUGGCGCUCGUUUGCCUCUGAAGCCAAGUGAAGGCGAAGGAGUUGUUAUAAGGUUAGGAAGUUCGAUGCCAUUCUCCCAAGAGUUGAACGAGCUGCAAGAAGAAGUAAAACCUUUGUGGAAAUUACGCUCCUGUCCUCGAGAUUUUAAACGUACCAGUGUCGAGAGACUCUUCAGAGAAGCAAGAUUCGCGUUGGAUUGGUGUUCCUUCAGAUUGGUCGAACAGGAGCAACAAAGUUUGCAACAAGAAAGCGCGAGACGGGGACCGAGUAUGAACGUUGGAUUGGAUUUACCGGCUUCAGGAAUUUCAGAGCACACGGAGUGGCGAUGGGCCAGAUCGACCAAAGCCAGCAUUCCCACGAGAAGUUACUUUGAAGAAAUUGUCACCACGAUCUUUGUGUCUGUUAUUCUGUUUUUCGUAUUGGCCGCUUUGCUCAGCAUGCUGUUGUGCCUGGAUCACGAGAAAAUAGAAAAGAGAGAAACUUCAACAGGAGAAGGAGUUAGCAAUAAUAUACAAAUGGUUCAAUAUGCUGCCGAAAGAGGUAUCUUAAAAUCGCUCUCCGUUCAACCUUCCAGUCCUAAUGAUUCUUUGCUACCAAGUCCCAGAAUUUCUAAUGAACGUUGCAAUCCAUAUAUUCGACCAAAUCCACCACCUUACACAGGACCAAGCAAUUUAGUCGGCAUUCGAGCAGAUUUCUGACUACACGAGGAGCCAGAAAAAACGUGGUUUUGCUGAAUUAGUAACGGUUUUCUAUCGUAACUACAGGAAAAUCGCAAAAUCAUUAAAACUGGCUCCAUAUUAUCUGUUGCUUCGUAAUUUGAUAUCGUAAUAUCUAUCAUAAAUUUUAUUUAAAGUUAAUAAAAAAAAUAUUUUAUAUUGCAUCACGAUAGUAAAAAUAUAUGUUUAAUUUAAAAGAUAUCAUAAUUAAUA